UCAAUAACCAAUAAUUGGCUACUGUUUGGGCAAAAUGUAUGGAACCUACACUACGGCGCCGCACAUCACGUCUAUAACUACGGCAUCUCCGGUGACACCACUUCUAACGUAAUCUAUCGGAUCCGGAAUCACGAGUUUGACGGACUCGAGGCCAAUGUCACUGUACUUAUGAUCGGCGCUAAUAAUAUUUGGCACAAUAACGAUACGGCUGUAGACAUAACGCACGGAAUCGUUGAGAUUAUGACAGAGUUGUUGACCAAAAUGCCAGCCACCAAGAUCCUUUUGUUGGGUGAUUUGCCAUCACCAUGGCCAGACCAAAGCAAAGAGCUUAACGCAUUGUUGGCAAAGUUGGCCAAUAAUAAAAAUGUAUUUUUUCUGGACAUGUGGUCAGCCUUUGUGGACGAAACGGGUAAACAAAUACCAGAUCUCUUCCUUCCCGAUGGCGUUCAUCCCAAUGAGUUCGGGUAUGAGGUCUGGUAUAACACUAUGAAUCCCUUUCUCCGCAAACUUUAUCCAUUGGUUAAUUAAACAAAUGCAAUUUGUAACAAGCAC